UUAUACUCGCCGCUGCUCUUCCCGGCUGCCGUUUCCGGGGUCCUGCGCCAUGAAUAGCGUGGGUGAGGCCUGUACGGAGCUGAAACGGGAAUAUGACCAGUGUUUCAACCGCUGGUUCGCCGAGAAGUUCCUGAAGGGGGAAGGCGGAGGCGACCCUUGCGAGCAGCUCUUCAAGCGCUACCAACUCUGCGUCCAGAAAGCUAUCAAAGAAAAGGACAUACCCAUUGAAGGUUUGGAGUUCAUGGGCCCCAGCAAAGGAAAAUCGGAAAAUUCUUCCUGACCGUGAUGGGAUAUAGGAGUCCUUUGAAUGACAGUUGCACCACAACAAGUUGGCAGUUCUCUGAGACACAAGGACUUUUCUCCACUGCAGUUUCUGCCUCAUAAACACAGCUUUGUUUUUAAUUAUCUCAGUUUUACCAUUGGGAAGAGAAUUAGUACACACUUGAUCUUAGCCAAAAGGCCGAGAAGCGAGAAUUAGUAGAUUUAGGUGGGAUCAGUUUCACCUUAUACAGAAUUAUGGAUCAAGUUUUUUCAUACAGGCUUAAUUAAGCUGUAGAUGUGAAAUGAAUGUGAUGGAGGCUUUAUUGAUACAAUGCACUGUUGAAUCUCUGUUUUCUGAAUCUUUUUUCUCCCUCUGUGCCACUUACUGGAGUUCUAGAAAGUGCUCUCAGCAUUGAUUGUCUAAAGGAUGAAAGAUACAGAACUUAAGCAGUGUUGUACAGAAUGUAGCUACUGCGUCAACCAAAGCUCUGUGCAUAUAAAACCCCCAAAUUAUCUAACCCUCUGUCCAGAUGUAGGUACGUUUCAGACAUACAGUGCUUCCUUUUGGCAAGGGGAAGGAAGACAAAACCUAUCUGGAACUUAUCUUCUACUUCUGUCUAGUAAAUAUAAAGGAGAAGCAACAGCAUGAUUGUAUGUUCAGUAUGAUGCAUAUCCUUUUCAAAAAGGAAACCUGCUCCUCUUGCCUACCUCUUGAACAGACCAUAUGGUGGGCUGCAGUUAUAGAAAAUGAAAAUUCUGUACAAAGUGUGGGGUUAGUAUCAUUCCCUUUUGUUAUCAAAGUUUCAGAUUACUAAACAGCAUCCAUUCAUGGUACACAAACUACCUAUAUAUUUUGGUGAACUAUCUUAAGAAAAUUUAGAGCAGAUACUGUUAAAUAGACAGCUGGUAUAAGCAUAAUUUUGGCAUAAUUUAUGAAAAGCUUAUUACAUUAGUGAAAAUGUAAUGGAUCCUUGGUCAUGACACUAAAGAACCUAGUUUAGAACUGCUGAUUCAAUUAAGGAAGCAUCCAAGUCUUUGCCUCUCUUCCAUAGCUUCCCUUUAAAUUAUCGUAUGAUGUUCCGCUUUCAUGGUUAUAAAUUCUAGAGGGACAGAUAGCCAUGUUAGUUUGUAGCAGCCAGAACAGUCCUCAAUACUAACAGAUACCACAGCCAAUACUUUUGACAGCUCAUGCCAGGAGCAUUAUAUUUAUUUGGCAGAAAUAUAAACAUUUGAAGAAUGAUAUAUUUACCUCAUUUUGCAAUUACUUCUCCCACUUCCUCUUGAUAAACCUUUGUGAGUUUGAUAUUUAUAUAUGUCUGCCAACUGAUAAUUUUUCUUCCUUCCAUCAAAAGGAACACUUGUGCCCCAGUAAAUGUUAAUCAUUAAGAUGCCAAAGGGCUUUGUUUUCAUGGGUGUGGUACUUUUCGAGAGGCUAGGCGAACACCUGGCUUGCUUCAUAUCACAGUCAGUCACAGGCAUAAGCUCUUGUGUUGGUAGCAGAAGUUAGAUUAAUGUGGAAUACUAAUAUGAAGUACAAUCCCAGUUAAUGCUCCCAUUGAGUUUCCUCAGUUUGUUACUGAGGAGCACAGUAAAUUAUUUCCCUUAGCUUAUGCUUUCUGUCUGCUUUCACCAAGGCAGCAGCAACUCCCAUUCUUGAUUUUUUAAAAGUCACUUUGUCUUGCAGAAAGCUUCCUAGGCAGCUAUGGUGCUUUGAAAGUAGGCUUCCUGCUUUCAUCUUGCAUAAAGGACACACGCACAGAUGGUGAAGAGUUGCUGCUUUAGCAUUUAAGCAGUUCUGUACAGCCCUGGGACAAAAAUUCAUGCUCAUUCCAUCUCUUUGCAUUCUAGCCCAGUAUAGGGAGUAUUUAGCUAUGCAUAGUAGAGAGGGGAAAGGUCAAAUUCAGACUCUAAUCCCAGGCUGUGAAAUAAGUUAUUGAUUAUAGUACACCUUACUUCUGAGUAAGUAUACAUACAAUCAGGCUGCAUGUGGAAAUAACAUUCUUGCAAUAAAAAGUGCCUUAUGUUUAAUUACUUGUAUGUAUUCUGCUAUGUACAAUAAUUGAAAUUCAAUUAGGAUAAUAAAAUUGAAAACUACA